UGCGUGCGUGCAUGUUACAAAUUAUUGGUCAUAUUUGGUUUUUGGUAAAGGUGCAUAUAAUUUUUAUAUCUCAAAUCUAAUUUAAAUAAAGAUCACGACUUCUACAUUUAAAAAAGUAAAAAACAAACCUUUCCCAAUAACUUAUAUUCAAAACCUAAUGCUUCUGUUUUUAUUUUGUUUGCGUACAUUUUAAACUCACGCUGUUAAAUUAUAUCUUAAUUUUGAUAUUUUAUAUUGAUGAAUAUUGUAGGAUCGAUUGGCAUUUAUUUUGUUUUUUCCCAAGCACUAAGUUUACCACUCAUGAAAAAUGCACAUAUAUAGUUGUUUUUGACAAUGUACGGUAUCAAUCAAUCAAUAUUGUCUGUACAGGCAUAAUUCAGGACAGAAAGUUUUCUUUUGCUCUCAAAAUAAUGUAUACAUGUGAAAAUAACAGUAUAUAUAUAUAUAUAAAACAUAUACACACCGACAUAACAACAUUGAACAUGCACACACACCUAUACCCUCUCACACAUAUGCAUGAACUUCAUACAAUUCCUCAACGUUUGCCAUCUCUGGAUCAAUGAGGCACUGUCGAUCUUUCUAACAUAUGAGUGGCGAUGAAAGUAAACCAUGAACAUUUGAUCGUAGCUUCCCUGCGAAGAAAGUUUCCUGAACUAGAUGAUAUAAUUUCUCCAAAAAUAGGAUCAUAUGAGAGGCCUACAAGUCCUUGUGCCUUUUAUUCAGGAUGAUGAUUGCUGCUGGCACAAAUGACCUCUGGUAGGUAAUUUUCUGCGCACGUGGCACUCGACUGUACUGCCUACACCAAUAAACGUAUUACAUUAGAAAAUGUAUAGCCACCAUCUUUUCUGCAUUUAAAUUGAUGUGUAUGCAUAUUUUAUCAUUCAGACAUUUUUAUGGUUUGUUUGUACUCUUUCAGGUUUGAUGGCAGCCAAUGUGCACAAAACGUGGUCAGGGCUACAAAGUCUUCGAGCAAAGAAACACAGUGGGGGACCAGCUGUUCAACAACCACUGGGACAAAACCAGAACUGCCAACAUGUCUCACUGCCCCCAGUUUUAUUCAGCCAGAAACUAACAGAGCAUAACUGCAAACUGACUUUGAAUAAUGAAAAUGGAAAGUUGUCUAACAAUCAUCAAAUGACUACUCAAAUUAACAAUGGUUUUUACCCUAAAACUUUUAGUGGUAAUGGGUCAGACAUAGCUCUUCCUAAAAUACAGAGGUUGGAAGGAAGUUCCCUUCAGACUCACGAUGGAAGCUUAAUGUCCAAAAGAGAAAAGGAAUCCCAAAGCAGUGAGACUGCUGCAACUUCUGUGAGUGUGGCUUCAGUAUCUCCAGUUAUUUCUGCUGCUGCCAGACCAGAAAAUUAUGUAGCUAACACAGUGGAACAGUUUGGUACUGACAUGAUAUCUGCAAUAUCUGAAACUGAUUUAGGGAAUAAACCAGCAUCUAUUAUCAUGAACAAACAAGCAGAAAAUGCAGAAACGAAAGACGUGAAAGAGCAGAAAUAUACCACAGGCCAUGAUCAAGAAGCUCAUAUGGAUCUAAGUUUUCUUGAAAAUUACAAUAAAACAUCUUCCAUCAUAAAAUUUGAUGAUGAAGGACAUUACACUCAAGAAUUUAGAAAUCAACUUUUAAGCAUAAGGCAGUCGUAUUUUCAGCUUAAGAAUCCUGAUGUCAGUAUCACAACAGCUAGAAGACGCAGAGCUGGCCAGCUUCUAGCAGACUCGGGGUCAGUGCAGGUGCUGUGUGAUGUAGUUGGAGAGGGGCUUCAGUGGAGAAGAUAUGCUGCUGAAGAUAGUACCAUUAUUUCUGAGUGGUGGAAUCCAUUGAAUAAUGCCUUUACGACUGUGUUCAACUUCAUGGAUUGUUGUCCAGAGGUUUCUUUUGUGGCUCGAGAUCAGGAACAGUUUGUGUCAGUUUUGUUACAGAAGCUAAAGGAAUGGUACCAGCCCCAUGUGGAGGGUACUUUGAUAAAAGUAGAAAUUCAGAGUCUUCUUCCGUGGUCACUGGGAUCAAUCCACAACAUGGCCAUGUAUCCAGAAAAUGUGUCCAAAUUGCAAAAGUUGCAUGCUUCAGAAGUACUCCUGCCGUAUCUCAACUCCACUUCAGACAGAUUCAAGCUUUCUGCUGUUGCUGCUAUUGCGGACAUUGCCACAGAGGCUGAGGCAGAUCAGCUUGCCACUUCACCAGACCUUGUACAGUUCCUUCUUAAGAGGCUGAAAAAUGCUUUUGUCAGCAAUAUUCGAAGGCAUGAUGGAUGGAGCGUGUCUGAGAUUGUUAAAACUAUAAGACAGCUGGCAAGAAAUGAUGCCAACAAGAGGCUUCUAGUGAAAGAGGGUGCACUUCCUUUGCUGACUCAAGGCCUCAAAUCAGCUUAUCAAAAUGAACAAGAAAUCAGCUAUGAGGCAAUAUGGGUCCUGAGUUUUGACAAGGAGAACAUCUCUGAGAUAAUGAAAGAAAAGGACCUUGUUGAUGAAGUAGUCACCCUUUAUAAGGAAGGCGCUAAUUCCAAGACCUGUCAGAAAGCUUGUCGAGGAAUUCUGUGGCAAGUUCGUCAUGAGCUGGUAAAAGAUGAAAACCAUGCUUGCAUUGCAAAAAUCUAUGCAAGGAGUUCAUGCAGAAAGCAUCAACAACUGACAGUGAUUUGGCAACACUUGGAUAUGACACCUGUCGGCAACACACUUGAUCCUCAAAGUCAUGUGAUGAUUUCAUACCAGUGGGCAGACCAAGAAACUGUUAAACAAAUACGCGAUCAUCUUCGAUCACAUGGGAUUAAAGUCUGGAUGGAUAUUGAUGACAUGGGUGGAUCCACUCUUCAGGCUAUGGCAGAGGCAGUGGAGAAGGCAUUUGUCAUUGUCUGCUGCAUGUCACAGAAAUAUAAAGAUAGUCCCAACUGUCGAGCUGAAGCAGAAUAUGCAUUCCAAAAACAUAAGCGUAUCAUUCCCCUCAUAAUGGAAAGAAGCUAUAAGCCAGAUGGCUGGCUUGGCAUGAUCUUGGGCGCCAAACUGUUUUAUGACUUCAGUGGAAAAUAUUCAUUUGAAUCUCGCUUAGAACAACUUAUUAAAGCUGUUCAAAAGCAUGUAGGAAAUGUUACAGAAGAGCCUGAAUCGUUUAAGCAACUAUCACCUGAAAUGUCUGCUGAUUUGGAAAGUUCAUCUCCACUGUCGCUACACAGGUCACUGUCAAAGCCAGCGAAGGACCUGUAUUCAAAUAUAAUAAAUAAAAUCAAUUCCUGGAACAGAAAUGAUGUGCAAGCUUGGUUAAAACGACAUGACCUGAAUGGCACAGAACUGGAGUUUUUAACAGGAAAAGAAAUUGUUUUCCUACACAACCUUCGACAAGAGGCACCUGAGUUCUUCUACAACACAUUAGAGAAGAAACUACACAUUGAAACUUUGUCUGGUCUUAUCAGUUUUACUAAUGCCUUGGAUGAUCUGUCUUCCUUUUGAAGUAUAUUCAUUAUUCUGUUGAACAAAUCAAACGGCUUGUUAAUAGAUACGAAGCCUCUAUAGGCAUCACAACAGUAGCUUGUGAUUAAAAGAUUUUGUUGGCUGUGUCAUGAUGAAACUUUCAGGUGUUGGUCAUUUGCUUUCUCAGGAAGCACCCAUCAUAUUGUAAAAUUUCUGUGAUUCUGUUAUUUAUUAAAGUUGAAGACAUGAUCCUUGUUGCUAAAAGUUAAAUGCUCAUUAAAUGAGGGGUAAACAAUUCAGUUAGUGUAAAGACAAGUGGACACACAUUUCAGUGGAAUGUAAUUGCAUUUACAUUUACACGUUUUGUGUGUGUGUGCUUGUAAAUGCACCUGCAUGUCUACCAACAUGCAGCAAACGCCUAACUCUUUACCCAUCUACUCGUGAUUGCAUAUACUGUAAUGUGAUUGAACAGUGACUGAUCUUUGAUCAUGUGAUUACACUAUAUAUUAUAGUCUUGUAUCACUGAUACACAUCCAUAAUUAUAUGAUAAAGAUCACUGUUGAACUAUAAUCUUUUUGAUUAGUCCAGCGGUUCUCAACCUUUCACUUGUGACGUCCCCCUGACGAACAAAGGAACAUCCGCGCGCCCCCCUUAAUAAGCUAAUGUAAGCUAAUUUCACUAAUACUGGUAUAAGAAACUUUUAAAAAAUGACCACCUUCGUGCCCCCCUUGUAAGCACGUCGCGCCCCCCUAGGGGGGCACGCCCACAAGUUGAGAACCGUUCGAUUAGUCAUUUAUGUUGGAUAUUUUCAAGCUUUGCUAGCUUUGUUUCAUAGACAUUACUAUCAGGUCACAUAUGACAUGCAUUCUGAUCUUUUGAUUUGAUAUUCAUGCUUUCAGCAUUUAAUUAAUAAAUAUUUCAUGUGAUGCUGGAUAAACCCAUUCUCAUAGAAAUCAGGGCUGAUCUGGGCAUUUAUAGCACUGAGUCAUGCAUGUUGCAGAGAUCCUCAUUAUAGAUGGCUGCAUUUGCAAGCGGUUAUAUAUUCACCACAAAAGGGAAUAUGAACAAUAUUUAUUUAUAUUAACUGUGUUGCUGUUUCCCAUAAUUAUGUGAUUUCAAACACAAGGAAUAGAUCAAAGGGUAAAUCAUGGCUAUCAGUUAGGAGGCCACUGUACAUAAUAAUGAUGUAAGCCUUUUUGCAUUACACAAUUUGUUAAAUCCAUACAGGUUUUUCUAGAACACACCCUUUGUGUAAAAUUGUGAUUUGCCUGUACACAUGUUUGACUUGUACUGUUUUAAAAUACAAAGAACAUGUUCUUAAGACCUAAAAUUUUUUUAAAAAGCAGGAAUAUGCAAGCAUGCAUAAAUGAAUCUCACACAGACAUAUGCUGGUGCAUGCACACACACACAUUCCUAUUUGUUUUUUUUUCAGAAAGUACCUCGAACACUUAAUUCAAUUUUUUUAAAUCAGUUUGUGGCAGUAUAUAUAUUUAAAUAUCUUUAUGUUUGGUGUUUCUAAAUUAUACAGAAUAAUGAAUCUGAGCACUCAUCAACACUAUACUUGAACAGUCUCACAUGCUUUGAUUAAAAUCCCAUCAAUAUUUUGAAUGUAAAUGAAAUUAUUAAGUAAUUCAAGAUGCAUAAUACUGUUGUAUACAUUUUUUAGUUUCUGAACACUUCAGCUAUUUUGCUGGCUACAACAUGAAAUGUAAAUUUAUGCUUGUUUUUUGAAAAAGUUACACUAAAUUGAUUCUGUUUUCACAUA